AUGAAGAUUCUAAUGCUCCAUGGCUCUCGACAAUCCGGCGAGCUCUUUCGAGCCAAAAUUCAGGGCCUGGAAAAAGUUACUCGACAAGCCCUUGGUCUUUCUCCUCCGCAACAGGUCGAUUUCAUUUAUCCCACCGGGCCUUUCCCUUUGAAGCUUACGAGCAAUGACUCCGAUCUGCGCGGUCGGCAUGGUUCAUGGACCUGGUUCAAUACCGAGUCGAUUGACGGCAUUUAUCCCGGCUUGGACACAAGCUUAGAGUGCAUUUCCUCUAUUCUGAAGAGUUCCGGGCCAUUUGAUGGUAUCAUUGGCUUCAGUCAAGGUGCAGCUUUGGCGAUCAUGAUCGCCUCGCUCCUUGAAGAGAAUCGGAAAGAAUCCUUUGAUCGCCUGCAAGUUACAGGGGGCAUUCCUCAUCCUAACGCGUUUUCUGCGCGCUAUCAUCCCCCGUUAAAGUUUGUUGUCUGCAUUUCUGGCUACGCCGCUUCCCAUUCAACAUAUCGAGCUUUCUACAAUCCUCCAAUCGAAACCUCCGUUUUGCAAUUCCUCGGAAGUAUGGAUACUAUAGUGGAUGAAAACACGUCGCUGAAGCUUAUUCAAUGUUGUGGGGGCCCAGAGAAUGAAACAACGCCAGCAGUCUUGCGGCACCCAGGUGGACACACAGUUCCAGGUGGGAAACGCGAACUUGUGCCGAUUGCUCUUUUUUAUUAA